UGAAGCCUGCAGCAAAGCCAGCCCCACGGCCACAGUCCCUCCAGCCUCCCCGCAGCUCCACAGCAGUCCAGACCUGCCGGCCCUCCAGGACCGGAGGUGCUCCUAACAGGGAAACUCAGACGCAGGAUCUUUCCCCGAAGCCUCCUGGCCCCUGUGGCCUGCGACCCUGGGAACACCAGGCUGCUUUCGAGGCCUCCUCUCUCUUCCAACCCUCCCUUCUCCCCACUAGGCACUCGCUGGUCCUCAUGUCGGCCACGGGGCCCAGCGUGGCACCCGCCAGCGAGGCGGGAGAGAUCCACAACUGGACGGAACUGCUCCACUUCUUCAACCACACCCUGCCCGAGUGCCACAUGGAGCUCAGCGAGAGCACCAAGCGAGUGGCCCUCUUCGUGCUCUACCUGGCUGUCUUCGUGGUCGGGCUGGUGGAGAACCUCCUGGUGAUCUGCGUCAACUGGCGCGGGGCGGCCCGCGCAGGGCUGCUGCGCCUCUACGUCCUCAACAUGGCCAUCGCCGACCUGGGCAUCGUCCUGUCUCUGCCCGUGUGGAUGCUGGAGGUCACGCUGGACUACACCUGGCUCUGGGGCAGCUUCUCCUGCCGCUUCACUCACUACUUCUACUUUGCCAACAUGUACAGCAGCAUCUUCUUCCUGGUGUGCCUCAGCAUCGACCGCUACGUCACCCUCACCAACGCCUCUCCCUCCUGGCAGCGCCACCAGCAUCGAGGGCGGCGGGCCGUGUGCGCCGGGGUCUGGGUCUUCUCGGCCCUCAUCCCGCUGCCCGAGGUGGUCCACAUCCGGCUGGUAGAGAGCUUUGAGCCCAUGUGCCUCUUCAUGGCGCCUUUUGAAACGUACAGCACAUGGGCCCUGACGGUGGCCCUGUCCACCACCGUCCUGGGCUUCCUGCUACCCUUCCCUCUCAUCGCGGUCUUCAACGUGCUGACGGCCUGCCGCCUUCGGCGGGCAGGACAGCCUGAGGGCCGGCGCCACUGCCUGCUGGUGUGUGCCUACAUUGCUGUCUUUGUCAUCUGCUGGCUGCCCUACCAUGUGACCCUGCUGCUGAUCACACUGCACGGGACCCACAUCUCCCUCCACUGCUAUCUGGCCCACCUGCUCUACUUCUUCUACGACAUCAUUGACUGCUUCUCCAUGCUCCACUGCGUCGUCAACCCCAUCCUGUACAACUUUCUGAGCCCAAGCUUCCGGGGCCGGCUGCUCAACGCUGUGGUCCAUUACCUUCCCAAGGUCCAGGCCAGGGAGGGCAGACAUGCUUCCUCCUCCUCCUCCUCCUCCACCCAGCAUUCCAUCGUCAUCACCAAGGAGGGCAUCCAGAGCCCUGCGGCCAGCCCCCACCACCACCCAAGCCUGAACUUCCAGGAAGCAGACACCCCACCCACCUCUGCUCCUCGGGCUCUUAUAGCCAGCUGAGGAAGAUUCCAGUCUCCUCUACCAGCCAAGUAGAAAGCUGGAAGUGUAGGUGAGAGA